AGAAGCAUAGCCACAGAGGUAAGAAAAUCAUCCUUAGCGCAUUACACGCAUCAGUCGAAGAAAAGAUAAACGAAACAAAUUCCAGAAUAAUCUUCAACGAACUUCUGGGUUUCCGUUUCCCCAACUCCCUCCCUCUCUCUCUCCUCUUUCUCUAUCUUGAUUUCUCCUGCUAUGGCGAUUUCCUUGCCAUCGGCCACCAUUUCAUCCCUGACCUCUGACCACUCCUGCAAUUUCAUUUGCUCAACAAAAACAACAACGGUUACUUGUUCACUUUCUAAGUGCUCAUCUUCAUUAUCUUCGCUUCAAAUCCAAUUUCCAUGGAAGCUUCGUCGUCAGCUUCGUGUUGGCAAUUCUCGCUCUCUCUCUCAUCAACGUUCCCGACUCCUUCCUCUGGUUCAAGCAAAGCAGCAGACAUUUUCCUCGAUUGAUGAAUUGAUGAGCAACUCAGACAAACCUGUUUUAGUUGACUUCUACGCGACAUGGUGUGGUCCAUGUCAGUUUAUGGUUCCUAUUCUGGAACAAGUGAAUGCCACUUUGAAAGACAAAGUUCAGGUGGUUAAAAUUGAUACAGAGAAGUAUCCAGAACUGGCUGCCAAGUACAAGAUUGAGGCAUUGCCUACAUUCAUUUUGUUUAAGGAUGGGAAACCUUGUGAUCGCUUUGAAGGUGCAUUGCCUGCAGAUAAGCUAAUCCAACGCAUUGAGACUUCUUUAGCAGUGAAGUCUUGACUCUGAGAUUCGCUUGGUAUAUUGUGAUUUUGUGGCAGCUUUGUAUGUGUUCUCGAACUGUUGCCUUUUGAUCUACCAAGAUAAGCGAUCAAAAAGGGGAAAUUGCAUCUGACAUUCAGAGAAACAUAAUUUAUUCUCCUAUAUAUUGUAACCAUGAACCACAUUAGAUAUUUUUCUGGUUUAUGUAAAAAUUAAUCAAUAUCAUAAAAUCUUGAUGAAGUAGCAUUUCUUUUGUUUUGAA